UGGCUCAGUCUCGGCUGCUCUCCGCCGUUGCUCCGGGGCCGCGGGAUGACACCGCCUCCGCCCGGAUGCACCGCCCUCGGCGCCCCGCGCGCCCGCGUUCCCAGUCCGCAGGCUCGGUCCGGGCUCCCGCUGCGGCUGCUGCUGCUGCUGCUGCUGCUCUGGACGGCCGCCGCCUCUCAAGGCCACUCGAAGAGCGGACCCCGCAUCUCUGCUGUCUGGAAAGGCCAUGCAGGGCAGGACCAUGUGGACUUCGGCCCAGUGGAGCCGCACACAGUGCUUUUCCAUGAGCCAGGCAGCGCCUUCCUGUGGGUGGGUGGACGCAACAAGGUCUACAUCUUCAACUUCUCCAAGGGCAAGAAUACCUCCGUGCACACGGUGAACAUCAGCUCCACGGUGGGGUCCUGCCGGGACAAGCGGGACUGCGAGAACUAUAUCACGCUCCUGGAGAUGCAGAAUGAGGGGCUGCUGGUCUGCGGCACCAACGCCCGGCGUCCCAGCUGCUGGAGACUGGUGAAUGACACUGCGGUGUUGCUUGGUGAGAAGAGAGGCUAUGCCCCCUUCAGCCCGGAUGAGAACUCCUUGGUUCUGUUUGACGGAGACGAGGUGUACUCCACCAUCCGGAAGCAGGAAUACAAUGGGAAGAUCCCUCGGUUCCGCCGUAUCAAGGGCGACAGUGAACUGUACACCAGUGAUACCGUGAUGCAAAAUCCACAGUUCAUCAAAGCCACCAUCGUGCGCCAGGACCAGGCCUACGAUGACAAGAUCUACUACUUCUUCCGAGAGGACAACCCUGACAAGAAUCCCGAGGCCCCUCUCAACGUGUCCCGUGUGGCCCAGCUGUGCAGGGGGGACCAGGGUGGUGAGAGUUCACUAUCAGUCUCCAAAUGGAACACCUUCCUGAAAGCCAUGCUGGUGUGCAGUGACACUGCCACCAACAAGAACUUCAACAGGCUGCAGGACGUUUUCCUCCUCCCCGACCCUAAUGGCCAGUGGAGGGACACGAGGGUCUAUGGAGUUUUCUCCAACCCCUGGAACUACUCAGCCGUCUGCGUGUACUCCCUUGGCGACAUCGACAGGGUCUUCCGCACUUCUGCACUCAGAGGCUACCACAAGGACCUUCCCGACCCACGGCCUGGCAAGUGCCUCCCAGACCGGCAGGCCAUACCCACAGAGACCUUCCAGGUGGCCGACAGUCACCCUGAGGUGGUACAGAGGGUGGAGCCCAUGGGGCGUCUGAAGACGCCGCUGUUCCAUUCUAAGCAUCACUACCAGAAAGUGGUCGUGCACCGCAUGCAUGCCAGCAAUGGGGAGACCUUCCACGUUCUCUACCUGACCACAGACAAGGGCACCAUCCACAAGGUGGUUGAGUCUGGGGAUCAAGAACACAGCCUUGUCUUCAACAUCUUGGAGAUCCAGCCCUUCCGCCGUGCGGCCACUAUCCAGGCCAUGUCACUGGACGCUGACCGGCGGAAACUGUAUGUGAGCUCCCAGUGGGAGGUGAGCCAGGUGCCCCUGGACCUGUGUGAAGUCUAUAGCGGGGGCUGCCACGGCUGCCUCAUGGCCCGAGACCCCUACUGCGGCUGGACUCAGAACCGCUGUGCCUCCAUCUACAGCUCCCAAGAGCCAGUGCUGCAGUCCAUCAAUCCAGAAGAGCCACACAAGGAGUGCCCCAACCCAAAGCCAGAAGGGGCCCCACUACAGAAGGUUUCCCUGGCCCAGAACUCUCGCUACUACCUGAGCUGCCCCAUGGAGUCCCGCCAUGCCACCUACUCGUGGCGCCACGAGGAGAAUGUGGAGCAGAGCUGUGAACCUGGCCACCAGAGCCCCAACUGCAUCCUGUUCAUCGAGAAUCUCACGGACCUCCAGUACGGCCACUACUACUGCGAGGCCCGGGAGGGCUCCUACCUCCGCGAGGCUCAGCACUGGGAGCUGAUGCGCGAGGAUGGUAUCACGGCCUCACACCUGCUGGGCCACGCCUGCACGCUGGCAUCCUCCCUCUGGCUAGGUGUCCUGCCCACGCUUGUUCUUGGCCUGCUGGUCCAUUAGGGCUUCCUGGGGCUGAGCAUGCUGCAGGCUUCUUCUGCAGCCCCAAGGCACUAGAAGAGUCUCACACCCAGAACCGGCUGGGCCCGGGAGCUCCUUGCCCACCACUUCUUCCAGGGGGACUGCAUAACCCGAAGGGGUCACCAGGCCUGGAGAUGGCCAGCCGCAGGCGGCUGCUGAGCCCCGGUGGGGCGGGGGGUGGUGUGGGCCAGAGAAUGAAGGCUCUGACUGUGAAGCCGGGGCACUGAUGACCCAAGACUUUAUCUUUUGGGGACUAUUUUUCAAAAACUCAAACUGGCUAAAUCAGUAAUGCUCUUGGCCCAAGAGCCUGUGGGCCAGAAAGUGGGGUUUCAAAAGGGGACUUGGGAACCCAUCUCUGGACCUUUGGGCUGAGGCCUGAGUCCUUCUGGACUCUCUAUACCCAACCCCCCUCCUGCCCAUCCUCCCUCCUGCCAUGGCUGGGGGUGGCUAGUGUUCCUGCAGGCCCAGGGCCGCCCUCUGUGGCCACCUCGCCAGCUCUGGGUCCCACUAGGCAGCUGCCUUGCAUGUUUAUUGAAGGAUGUUUGCUUUCCGGACAGAAGGACGGAAGAAGCUCUAUUUUUAUGUUAGGCUUAUUUCAUGUAUAGCUACGUCUGACUGCAUCUGUAUGAAAUACCAAAACUACAUGCUGGGGUGGGGUGGGGAAGGGUGGGGCUGGGGAAGGGAUGGGUCAUGGGGGAGGGGUCCCAGCUGUGGCUCCCGGGGACAGGGACAGGAUGAGAGUCCAGGAAUGGACAUGGGUUGGAGGAGAGUAGCAUGAGCUGGCUCUGCCCGGGGAGCCCAGUCUGAGGGGGAUGGUGUCUGAGCCCCUAAUGUGGGCUGAUUAUGGGAGAGGGUGGGAUGAGAGAGACAGGGGAGAAUGAAGGAGAAAACUGAGCCCCAGGUUCGCCAUGUUCAUUUAGAAGGAGCAGCCGGGUCCUCAGGGGGAGGUUUCAGGACUCUGCCCUUGGCAUUGGGGGUUGGGGGGCGGGGGGGCUCCCUCCCCUCCCCUCAGCCCCCUUCCCCAGGGGCUGUGCUUCCAUGCUCCUAGCCUCCCACCUUCAGCUCAGGACAUGUUAUAACUUAGGCUAAACUGUGAAUUCCUGUAGGGACGCCCUGGGCCAAGCUCUCCUGGUGGGCACCUCUGCCCUCAGCCCUGUCCAUGGGCUUCAACAGAGAGCAGGGACUUUCUCUGGCUGUGUCUGGCCAGCCUGGGGCAGGGCCUGGGGCUGGUGGCCUUCCAGCUUCGGCCCCUGCAUCUCUUCUCAAUGCACUUUAAUAAUGUAACAUAUUACUAAUAAACAAGCUAUUUAUUUA